GCACCGGGCUAAACGGUGAGGAGCAGAGGGGUCAGCGGCGCUUAACUUUGGAUCGGCUGGGCACAUCUGGACCGCGCUGCAAUGCUACUGCAGGGAGGAUACUCCGCUGUCUCUGCUGCACUUUUAUUUCAUCUUUAUUUUCUGGAGCCAACUGUGGUGCUCGCCUUCAAUAUUGACACCAGGCAUGUCAUCAUGAAACGCGGAGAACCGGGGAGUCUGUUCGGGUUUUCCCUCGCCAUGCACCGGCAACUCAACCCGGAUAAAAGAGUGCUGUUGAUCGGAGCUCCCAGAGCCAGAGCUUUGGGAAAACAGACAGCCAACAUCACAGGAGGGCUUUAUAAAUGUGAAAUCUCUCAGUCCAGUGAUUGUGAGCGCAUUGAAUUUGAUGAUAAAGAGGACACACUUGUUGAGUGGAAGCAGGAUCAGUGGAUGGGGGUGACGGUUCAGAGCCAGGGACCUGGGGGAAAGAUUGUGACAUGUGCUCAUCGCUAUCAGAGGCGCUUGUUUGUGAACACAGCUCAGGAGUCACUUGACAUCACUGGGCGCUGCUAUGUCUUGAGUCAGGACCUGACGAUUGACUUGUCCUCCGGUGAGGACGGAGGUAACUGGAAAUUCUGUGAAGGCAGAGCCAGAGGCCAUGAGAGGUUUGGAUCGUGCCAGCAGGGUUUGGCUGCCACCUUUACCAAGGACUACCAUUACCUGGUGUUUGGAGCACCAGGAGCCUACAACUGGAAAGGUAUUGUGCGAGUGGAGCAAAACAACAACACCUUGUUAGAGAUGGGGGUGUAUGAUGAUGGCCCAUAUGAAGUUGGAGACGAUCUGGCGUCUGUACCUGCCAACAGCUACCUUGGAUUCUCCCUUGAUUCGGGACACAGCAUCACUGUGAGUCGUGGCCUGACUGUGGUGGCUGGAGCGCCCAGAGCCAACCACAGUGGAGCUGUGGUCCUGUUAAAGAAAGAGAGGGAAUCCUCCACCCGACUCUCUGUGGAGCACACUCUUCAUGGGCCAGGGCUGGCAUCCUCGUUUGGAUAUGACGUGGCUGUAGCUGACCUGAAUGGUGAUGGAUGGCAGGACAUAGUUGUAGGAGCCCCUCAGUUUUACAUGAAGGACAGAGACGUAGGAGGGGCUGUCUAUGUUUACAUCAACAAGGCAGGAAGGUGGGAAAAGAUCACUCCUAUCCGCCUGAAUGGGACCAAAGACUCAAUGUUUGGACUGGCAGUAGAGAACAUUGGAGACAUCAAUCAAGACUCAUAUGAAGACAUUGCCAUUGGAGCUCCUUAUGAUGACAGCGGGGCAGGAAAAGUCUACAUUUAUCACGGCUCUGCACAAGGAAUCAACACCAGUCCUGCACAGAUCCUUUCAGGAAAAGAGCACAACCUCCGAUUAUUUGGGUAUUCCCUGGCAGGAAACACGGACCUGGAUAGUAACUCUUAUCCAGACCUGGCUGUAGGCUCUCUGUCGGACACAGCUCUAAUUUACAGGACACGGCCAGUCAUUAGAAUCAGGAGAGAUGUCAAAAUAUCUCCAGAGAAAAUUGACCUUACAAUGAAAACCUGUGGUAACCGGACUUGCCUCACAGUGGACGCAUGCUUCACCUACACAGCAAACCAUUCAUCUUACAACCCUAGACUAACUCUCAGAUAUUCUGUUGAGGCUGAUGGGUAUCGCAGGAAACAGGGGCUGCCCUCCAGAGUGUUUCUGAACCAAUCCCACACUGACACAGACUACCAGUUUAACGGCACCUUAGACCUCCGUGGCCAAAACCAGAAAACAUGCAUCAAGAUAAAUGUCACACUUAAGGACAAUAUUAAGGACAAGAUGCGUAGCAUUCCCUUCGAGGUGUCUGUCGACAUUUUGGGUACAAAGCGACAGAGGACCAGGAACGGCCUCCCCGAGCUUAUGCCUAUAUUAGACUCCACUCAACUGAGCAAAGAAAUCAUUGAGGUCAACUUUGUAAAAGAGGGAUGUGGAAGUGAUAAUAUUUGUCGUAGUAACCUGAAGAUGAAUUACAAAUUAUUCUACAAGCAAAAUGACAAGCACUCCCCACUACCCAUCAGCAAGAGCAACAUCCCCGUGUUUCAUCGGAAUUACGAGGGGAAGGACCUGACCCUGCAGGUCACGGUGAACAACAUGAAUGGAGACGAUGCUUAUGAGGCAAAACUGGUGGUGACUUUCCCAGAUGUGCUGUCAUAUUCUGGAGUCCGUUCAAAUCAAAUGACGGUGGAAAAGCCGAAGCUGAUCACCUGUCUUGCCAAUCAGAACAUCUCUCAAGCAGACUGUGAGCUGGGAAAUCCAUUUAAGAGAAACUCAGAGACUACAUUUUACAUCAUCCUGAGCACUAAGGGCAUGACUGACGACACAACGGAGAUUGACAUUGACCUGCAGCUCCAAACAACCAGUGUGCAAAAAAAUAUUGCCCUUGUGAAAGUAAAGGUUCAAGUGAUCAUUGAAUUGCCAUUAUCAGUCACUGGGGAGGCCAGUCCCAAUCAGGUUUCUUUCGGAGGUAAAGUAAAAGGAGAAAGUGCCAUGAGGACAGAAGAAGAGAUCGGAAGCUUGAUUAACUUUACAUUCAGAAUAAACAACUUGUGGAAGUCUUUGAAGCCUUCUGUAAAAGCCUCACUACACAUUCAUUGGCCCAAAUUCAACAAAGAUGGGAAAUGGCUGCUGUACCUGGUGAAGAUCACAUCCACGGGACACGAGGACAUCCGCUGCUCUCCUGAGUCAGAGAUAAACUCUCUCAAACAUAUCCAGGAGUCCACCGUGUCCCGGACAAAAAGGGAAAUUGAGAGGAAAGAAAGAAAAACUGGUGGAAAAAUGUCUUCUCUGUCGGACAAAAAUAAAGUCUUGAUGUGUGAGAAUCAGAUCAAAUGUGUGGUGCUGAAAUGCCCCCUGCAGGGCCUGGACGGUACAACAAUUGAGCUGAGGUCUCGUCUGUGGAACUCAACCUUUAUUGAGGAUUAUGCCUCUGUUUCGACCUCGCAUAUAGUUGUGAAGGCCUCGCUCGUGCUUCAGGCUCAGGCUGAAAACGUGAUCCUGACAACUCCUGACACUCAUGUGAGGGUGACGGUGUCCCCAGAAAGUGAAAUAGCCCAGCAUGGAGGAGUUCCCUGGUGGAUCAUACUGGUGGCUGUUCUUGCUGGCAUACUCAUUCUAGGUUUACUGGUGUUUCUGCUCUGGAAGUGUGGUUUCUUCAAGAGAGCAACAAAAGACCAGUAUGAUGCUGCGUAUCACAAGGCUGAGAUCCAUGUUCAAGCCUCUGACAAAGACAAACUCUCUGCUGAGGCCUGAUUUAUACUCUGAACAGGGUGUGGAUUCUUCAAACGCUCCAAGCAGGACAGCAGCGUACCUCGUUACCACGCUGUGCGGAUAAGAAAGGAAACUCCUGAGUAUAAAGAUGGGAAAGUCAAGCUUGACCCAUUUGAAAAAAAGCAGUGGAUGACGACUUGGAUUGACAAUGAAAGCUACUCAUGACUCGUUUUUCUGUUUCAGUGAUUUUUGCAGGUGGGGAUAAACCGUUUUUCUUAAAGAAUGUUGAGACAUAAAAAAACAGUGAACUUUGUUGUUCCUUUGGUGAACACGAUGCUCAGUGAUUUCACUUUUGAAUUUUUACACUGUAUAGAUGUUGACUCUUUUUUGUGUUUUGUAUAUAUUUAAGUACUUAUGCAAACUGUAUAUUUAUUUUUUGAUAACAAAAAAAAGUCCUGCAGCCAAAGAGUUUUUGCAGUCUUAUGUCUGCCCUGGAGUAAAACAGUAAGGGGCAAAGUUUACUACUGUUUUUAUGAAGCUGUACUGUCUUAACGUCUAUGCAAGCAAGGUACAGCUAGCUCGGUGUAAUACAUGAAUGUACAUCAGUAUACAUUUUUAGUUUGUCUUCUAUGCUUCUAGUUUUCAGUACUUUCCAACAAAAGUAUUCCUGUCCUCUAUGGAAUCACAUUUAGGUACAAUAAUAGUGUAGUGACUCUAAAUGCAAGUGGAGUCUGUUUUUCACAUCUGCUCAGAUUGAAUUGUCUCCUCUUCUCACUCCUGUGGCAUUCAGGUAGCAUUCACUGUACUGUAGGUCAUCACUGAAGUAAGAAUAAGUCUUUUUGUUCUAUGUGAGGGAUCCAAAGGGAAGAUGGUGAAAUUGAAUUCGAAGUCAAUGUCUUGCUUAUUUUAUUGCAUUUUAUUAAGUAUAAUAAAAUGCUUGAAAACCAAUUGCUACUGUUAAAUUUAAUAACCAUUACUAUGUUUAAUAUUAAAGGAGGUCUGCAGCUAAUUAUUUUCAUCAUUGAUUAAUCUGCUUAUUUUUAGGAUCAAUUUAUUGGUUUUUUAAAAUGUCAGAAAAUAAUGACACUUGCCACACUUUCCUAGAUGAUAUUUUCAAAAUGUUUGUUCAG